AUGCAGACUAAGACAGCUGCUCCUGCGGUAUCAGCACCAUCAGCGCCCCCGGAACCCAAGCCGGUAGACAUAACCCGUGAGGUGUUCAUCAACGAUGCCCCCACCGGUGUGCGCAUCCAUCUGACCAAGCGGGGAGUCCAGGACGAAAUCCAGGCGCGCACAAACACAAUCAUCGUUACCCGCGGACGUUACUAUCCCCCCGGCGUGGUGCCUGAUGGCAAGGAGAAGCCUCUGCAUCUACUGGUCAAACCAGGAGCUCAAGCCGGCACGACCGACGAGCAGAAGCAGCAGGCCGUCAACAACGCCGUGUCGGACAUACAGCGGAUCCUGCAGGGCAUGCCCAACAACCGCCCACCGCCGCCGGGGCACCUCCACCACCACUCACCGCCGCCGGGGCAGCACGUACCCGCGCCGCCCUACGGCGCCCCGCCACAUCACCAGCCGCCACCGUACGGCGCACCGCCGCUACCGUACGGCGCUCCUCCGCCGGGCUACGGCUACCCGCCUCCCGCGGCGCCACCGCCAUAUCACCCAAAUCAGCCGCCGCCGCCUGCGACGGCGCCGCUGCAGGUGGCGGCAGCAGCCCCAGGCUCUGUCCCGCCUGUUGGGCCUGCAGGCACCGCCACCAGCUGCGUCAUCUACACGGGCAUCACGCAGCCGGGGUCAUUCCCGGUGGCCGACAAGAUUAAGGGCCCGGGCGCAUCCUAUCUCCAACACGUCGCCAACGCAACGGGCGCGACGGUGCAGCUUCGAGGCCAGGGCUCGGGCGACGCCGAGGGGCCCGACCGGCUGCACGUCUACAUCACCGCCAACACUCCGAAGGCACUGAAGGACUCUGAAAGCUGUCGUACCGACGGUGGUGCCACAGCCGCAGCCACCGUAUGGGUCGGCGGCACCGCCGCCGUAUCCUCCGCCGUACGGCGCAGCUCCACCGGCAGGCACGCCGCCGUACUAUCCAGCGCCUGGGCACCCGUACUAUCCGCAGCCUGGGGUUCACCCUCCUCUGCAGCUGCAGCCGUACGGCACAGCCCCGCCGCCAUACGCAGCCCUGCCGCCACCGCAUCCUGGUGCGCCAGCACCGUAUCCCUACUCGCAUCCGGGAGGCGCUGCUCCCGGUGCUCCGCCUCCCUCGCAGCCCUACCCAUACGCGCCGCCAGCCGCAACAGCAACAGCCGCAGGUCGCACCUGGGGUUGUUGGUGCACCAACGCCGCCGGCAGCCAUGCCAGAAGGAGAAGGAGUCAUCCGCUGGGGGCCCGCAGAAGCGCAGGUUCCGUGAAGCUCGUGAGGGGGAGCAGACGCAACGAGACGACGUUACUGACGAACUGCCGUACUGCUUGUUGCCGCGCCUGAUGCCGCCGGCCGUGCAACUGAAUGCUCUGGCCACCGGCACUGCGUGUGGAAUACUCCUCGUCUUGCUUGGCGCGGCGUGGUCGCGCGUGUACGUAUGUGCGCACACAACCCCUACGCACAGUACGCCCAGGCAAAGGGACGCGCCGCCACCCCUGGCGGGGUUGGCGGUACGGCCGGGGCCGCCGCCGCCGGCGGCGGCAGCGGUGGACCUGGUGGUGGCGACGCGUCGGCGUCUGGACAUGGCGGCCGACCCACGGGACCAGGAGCCGUUCGAACUGCGUUGCGGCCUCAUCAAAGGCGCCACCGCCACGGGGGAAAGGGACAAAGGUGCCCCUAUGAUGUGGGCACCAGAGGCUGCCGAUUCCGUCCCUGCCUCCGCAGCCUCCGGUGGCGCUAAUCCCCGGGACGAGCAACCCUCCGCUACCGGCGCCCAGGUCACUGGGUCCCUGCAGGGCCUUAUCGGAUAUGGCGAUGGAGACGACUGA